GCAACAAGUUGCUAAUCUUAAAAUUGUAUAUGGGUUCCCUGUCACCUCCCGAGCUUCCUGUCAUAGAUUUUUCCAAGGAAAACAUGAAGCCUGGAACAAGUUCAUGGCUCUCCACAUGCAAAGAUGUCAUGUAUGCACUUGAGGAAUAUGGUUGUUUUGUGGCGGUAUAUGACAAAGUUCCUCUCACGCUGCAUAAUGAUCUUUUUAGUACAUUAAAAGACUUGUUCUAUCUUCCCCUAGAGACCAAGAGGAAAAAUGUUUCUGACUUGCCUUACUAUGGCUAUGUUGGAAAUCAACCCUUCAUACCAUCUCUCUAUGAAGGCAUGGGCAUUGAUAAUGCCAUAACCCUUGAAGGAACUGAAGAUUUUGCAGAGACCAUGUGGCCUGGUGGAAACGAUCAUUUUUGUAAAACUGUGCUGUCAUACUCAAUGCUAGUAUCAGAACUAGAGCAAAUGGUAGUGAGAAUGGUGUUUGAGAGCUAUGGAGUAUAUCAGCAUCAUGAUUCUCACAAAGACUCGACCACGUACUUAUUUCGGAUGAUGAAAUAUAGAGGACCUGAGAAAAAUGAAGCUAAUGUUGGCUGUGACGCUCAUACAGACAAGAGCUUUAUAACAGUGCUUCACCAAAAUCAAGUUAGUGGCUUGGAGGUGAAAUCAAAGGAUGGUCAAUGGAUGGGCUUUAAGCCCUCACCUUCAUCCUUCAUUGUAAUGGCUGGAGAUGCACUCCUGGGAUGGAGUAAUGACAGAAUCAAUGCUCCUUUCCAUCGGGUGGUCAUGAGCGAGAGCGAGCCAAGAUACUCUGUUGGGUUAUUUUCAUUCAUCAAAGGUAUAAUCAAAGUUCCUGAAAAGCUAAUUGACGAAAAGAAUCCUCUGCGAUUCAAGCCUUUCGAGAAUUUUGGAUUAUUGCGUUACUUCCUCACGGAAGAAGGUAGGGGAAAAGAGUCUACCAUAAAAGCCUACUGUGGUGUUUAAGGCUAGUACUCUAGUUUGAAAGGAACUUUCAUAUGUUGUGAACACGAUCGAUUUUAUCUUCUCUUUUUCUGUUUAAAUAUGAACAAUUAUUCUUCUGA